CCUUCUUUCUACCUCUAUCCAAUCCAAAAUCUACUCUUUCAGAUAUUAUUUUCUCUCAUAUUAUCCCAAUCUCCAGAAGAAAAAAAAAAACCCAAAAUAUUUGAUGAUAUGGGAUUCAAAUCUCUCUUCUCCAAGAAGAAGCCGCUGGGUAGCCCGAGCGAGAAUGGCGGAUCCGUAAACUCGAGGACGUCGUCGUUUAACUCACGGGCGCGCCUGGAGGAGGAACUGGAGCAGGUGUUCAACAAAUUCGACGUCAACAGCGACGGCAAGAUCUCGUGGUCGGAGCUGGGGUCCAUCAUGGGCAGCCUGGGUCACGUGGCGACGGAGGAAGAGCUGAAGGCGAUGAUCCGGGAAGUGGACAGCGACGGCGACGGCUUCAUCGACCUCCGAGAGUUCAUCGAGCUCAACACGCAGGGCAUCGACUCCGAGGAAGUGUUGCGGAACCUUAAGGACGCCUUCUCCGUGUUCGACAGCGACAAGAACGGCUCCAUCUCCGCCGAGGAGCUCCAGAACGUGAUGCACAGCCUCGGCGACGACUGCUCCAUUGCCGACUGCCGGAAUAUGAUCAGCGGCGUUGACCGCGACGGCGACGGGAUGAUCGAUUUCGAGGAGUUUAGGGUAAUGAUGACGAUGGGAUCUCGCUUUGAUGGUAUUGAUUCUAAGAUUUGAGUAAUUACUAUUUCAAUUAUUACAAUUUUUUUUU